AUGUCGAGGGGCACGAGCAUUAGGGCUCUGCUGCUCCCGGCUCUGAUAUAUGGCCUUCUGUGCCCCAAACUGGCCGGAUCGGAAAACAUUCUGGCCAUCUUCUCGUACACAUAUGACUCACCCUACCUGCUUAUUGUUCCCUAUCUAAGGAGACUCUUGGAACGCGGUCACCAACUUACUGUGAUUUCAUCGGUCACCGAAAUGCCCCACAUAGAAGGGGUUUAUCACAUUCGCGUGACCAAAUUGGAUAUGCUAAAGCAAGAACAUGUGGAUUUCGACUACGAAGACUUUGCGUUAAGCAAAUGGAAUGAGGCACAACUUGUGUCCGAAUACUUUUUUAAAUGUUCGAAAUUUGUCCUAGAGGAUCCUGGAGUGCAGGAGCUGCUCCACAACUCGAGUGCCCAGUUUUCGGCGAUAAUUUUGCAGGCCACCCACACGGAUGCUCUCCUUGGAUUUUCACAGCACUUUAAUGCACCGCUGCUGGGAAUUGCUGCCUACGGAUCGGCAUGGAAUAUUGACUUCCUGGUGGGGAACUCGGCACCGAGUGUCUACGAACCCAUAUUUGCUUUGGGUUAUUCACCUGGUCAUAGUCUGAUGGAGAAGUGGCACAAUCUAAUCUUUAUUACCGAAGAAAGACUAAUGGAGAGAUUUAUUUACCUGCCAAGCCAAGUAGAUCUCUACAAGCAAUACUUUCCCGGAGUAUCGGCUAGUAUUCAUGAUCUCCGUCGGAGAUUCGCGUUGAUCCUUAUUAAUCAGCACUUUAGUAUGGGUCGAGUGAGGAGUAAUGUACCCAAUAUUGUGGAAGUUGCAGGAAUGCACUUGGAUGAGCCACCAGUUCCCUUGGAUGAUGAGCUGAAAAAAAUACUGGAUGAAGCAAAACAUGGAGUUAUAUAUUUUUCCAUGGGAUUGCAAGUCCUGGACAAAUGGCUGCCACCGGGAAUGCUUGAAACGAUGUUAGAAGCCUUCGGACAAUUGGAACAGCAAGUGCUUUGGAAAAGCAACAAUCCGGCAAUGGCUAAGAAUUUUAAGAAUGUCUUCGCGAGAAAAUGGCUUCCGCAGCGGGAGAUCCUAAACCAUCCCAAUACAAAGAUAUUCAUAACCCAUGUUGGACUUCUGAGCAUUAUUGAAUCUAUUCACUAUGCUGUUCCACAGUUAUGUCUGCCAUUAUUUUACGAUCAGUUUCAGAACACCAAGCGAAUGGAGCAGUUGGGAGUGGCCAGAAGUCUGGACAUAAUGAAGCUCACUCGCGAUGAAAUUGUCGAAGUGGUUAAGGAAAUGCUUUCGAAUUCCAGUUACAAGCUAAAUGCAAUAAAUUUGAACAAACGAUUUCAUGACCAACCAAUGUCGCCUAUCGACACCGCGAUUUGGUGGACAGAAUAUGUCCUGCGGCACAAAGGAGCAGAUCACAUGCGAAUCGCCGAACAGGAAAUGUCCCUUAUUCAAUACUACAACAUAGAUAUGGUUUCGGUGCUUUUUGGCAGAAUCGGACUGAGUGCCGUUAUUGUGAUCUUUUUGGGUUGGAAACUGGUCUCACUAGCUACAAGAAACGUUGAGUACCGACUGAGUGUGCAUAUGGUUAGAAUAACCUAAGAUAUUCAUGUGUAAAUUUGAAAUAGGUAGCCUUUUGGAAAUGUAAGUAAGAUUUAUUUAGUUUUAAGUAGUGUAUAUAAUAAUCAUAAGGUGCUCUUUGACUAAGUGUUCUAACUAUUAUAAAAAGCGAAGUAUAUAUAAAAAUAAAAUUUAGGUAUAGCGAGUCACUAAGCGAGUUAACAGUUUAUAAUCUAAAUUUUUUACACACUUAUACGCCUUGCUUAUUAUCACGUUUUGGAGUAAAAACAAAAGUGUAUUGUAAGUGUUGUAGUGAUAAUGAUAAUGCGUUAUCUUAUCAGUUCGUUUAACCACCGUGGAGCCCCAAAUAAAAUAUUUUACGUAAAUUCUCAUAAAGAUUUAAUUACUAUUUCAUAGGCUAUCAAGAUAACUAGAGGUCGUUUAUUUUUAUCUUUUUUCAUGUAUAAAA